AUGAGGAAAUACACAGUCCGCCUGGGAAAUCACAGUCUGCAGAAUGAGGAUGGGUCAGAACAAGAAACGGCCGUGGCUCAGUCCAUCCCACACCCCUGCUACAACAGCAGCAACGAGGACCCCAACCAUGAUCUGAUGCUCAUUCGACUAUGUGGUCGGGCAUCCCUGGGGCCCAAAGUGAAGCCCAUCAACCUGGCAGAUCACUGCCCUCAAGUUGGCCAGAAGUGCACCAUCUCAAGCUGGAGCUCUGUCCCCAGCCCCCAAGAGAAUUUUCCUGACACCCUCAGCUGCGCAGAAGUAAAAAUUAUUCCUCAGAAGCGGUGUGAAGACACCUACCCCGGGCAAGUCACAGAUAGUACGGUCUGUGCACAUGAAAGCAGUGGGGCUGAUACAUGCCAGGGAGAUUCCAGGGGCUCACUGGUAUGUGGUGGCGUUCUCCAGGACAUCACAUCCUGGGGAUCAGACCUCGAUGGGCGGCCUGAGACAUCUGGCGUCUACACCAACAUCUGCCACUACCUGGGCUGGACUAAGAAGACCAUGGGCAGCAAGGGCGGAUCCCAAGAUGAGCUCUAG